GGCCUGCCUGCACUCUCUCUGCCCCAGCGCUGAGGAGAACGGACGACGGCCGGCCUUCCCCGGAGCUCCAACGCUUUCUCUAAUAAGGUGAAGGUGACCCCAUUCACAAGCAUGAAUCCAGAGAAGAGCGAGACCCCCGCCGGACAGCCCCCAUUCGCAAGCAUGAAUCUAGACGAGACCAAGACCCCUGCCGGACCGCCCCUUGUCACCAUGAAGGAGCUCACCUUCUUCCCAGUGUGCGCCGAGUUCAUCAAACCCACCAAAUUAGUGCCUGAGGUCAUUGGGAAAUUUAAGAAGGCAGAGUUGAUUUUCAUGGCUAGCAGGAAACACUUCAGUGGGAUAUCAAGUAAAAGUGAGGUUGAACCAGGAGACGACACCCUCCGGGUGCAUCUGCGGCUUUGUUUAUGGGACACCCGAAGCCCUCAACCAGACUGUUUUCCUCCACAACUGAUCGUCACCAUCAACGGGAAGAUGUGCCUUGGGCCUGCAAUUGGUAAUGACAACAACCGCCCUGUGGAUAUCACCCAUCUCGUGCACCCCUCUGAUGAAUCGCCCAAUGAUGUCAUGCUCCUUUGGCCACUGAGUGACAAGCGGGACCUUGCCAUGUCUGUGUGCUUGGUGAAGCAACUUACUGCUAAAAAGUUAGUGGAGCAACUGAAGAAUAAGGGUUUUUUCCCCAAAUACAAGACGCUGUCCCUGAUCCGGGAGGCGAUGCCGGCAGCCUCUGAAUCCCAGUUUACCCUCAAAAGGGUCCACGCUUCCCUUCUGUGCCCGCUGGGACAGGGACUUGUGUCUGUGCCCUGCCGCUCAGUAUCCUGCAGCCACGUCCAGAUUUUUGAUGCCGUCCCGUUCCUGCAGAGGAACGAGGAGGAGGAAACUUGGAAGUGUCCUGUCUGCGACCAGGAGAUUCUGUAUCAAGACCUCGUCGUAGAUGAAUAUUUCUUCAUUGUCCUCCAUACCGUCAUCUGUGAAGAGAUCGACUGUGAAGAGAUUGACGUGUUUUACGACGGCACCUGGGUCCCGGCCAAGUACCACUUGGAUUUAGUAGAAAUACUUGAAGAUCCUGGCUUCCCUGGCCUUCGUGCCCGUCGAUUAAAACGGAAUAAGAAGAUUCAUUUUGUUAGCGUGAAGGAGAAAACAUCAGCUUCUGAAGUUGAGGGGACCUCAAAGGAAAGACCGGGUCCCGUGGCGGCCAUCCCGCCCUCCAUGAGCACUGUAACGGCGAGCACCACCGAACAGGAGCCGGCCCGGGACAGUGAAGUCCAGGCCAGAGCCCCAGAGCCCGACAGCCCACCGUUCUCCAACCGGCCAUCCGACUCGAGGUUCCGUGGAGAGAAUGAGCCACUACCCAAAGGAUCGGGCAGUCCGUCGGGGGACCAGAGGGACUUAUUCUAUUGCUGUGAUGCCCCUGACCCCAGAAGCCUCCUAGGAGGCCUUUCAUUUAACAGCGACAAGGAGAUUCCUUCCACUGCCCUGAAGGACAGCAGCUCGUCCACUGUAGAGCUGCCUACUAUGGCCUCCUUGGCGGCCAUCUCGAUCUCCAUGACUCCCGAGACGGCGCCAAGAUCUCAGCAGCCACCAGCCCCAUUCAAGGACCUGCCCCAGGGCGGGCGUCUUCAGCAGUCUGGAUUCCCGCUACCUUCCCUCGAGCCGAUCUCCAGGGAGGGUUUGAAUCUGCCAACUCACAUGACCAUCCUUACACAGCUUUUUGCUUCACCCAUCUUGGCCCUUCAGAGCACUUCUGAUUUGGGCUACAGGCGCGGCCAGGGCCAACCUCCAGCUCCAGCCCUGGCUCCAGCCCCAGCCCCGGCUCCGGUUCCGGCUCCGGCUCCAGCUCCAGCCCCGGGCACAGCUGCUGCCCCAGCCCCUGUCCCAGCUCCAGCCCCUGUCCCGGGCCCCUCUUCUGAAAGUCUCCCACUGCCACUUCCUACUGGGAUCAAUCCCCCCUCGGUCCAAAAGCCUUCUCAGUCCCGGCUCGGGGUGGGACGGGGAAGGGGUGUCCUGGGUUUGCAACAGCUGGGUGGGUAUCAGCCCCCUGCACCGGACCCUCCCCCCUCCGAAGUCCAGACCUCCCUGCUUGCUGGAGUUAUGGGGAACACCCCGGGGGGGACACAGGGAGGGGCUCAAUUAAGACCACCCGUGGCCCCUGUGGCCCCAGUCCCGGCCGACCCAGGUACGGGGGCUCUGUCUGGGGCGAAUAGUGGUCAGUCCACCCAGGCAGAUGGGGCUGCCGCCUCCCUGGAUAGCACUGAACCUAAGGAACACAGCUGUCCUUAAAGGGAGGGGAACAAACCCCACAGACUCCAGGCCCUGCCCUGACCCCUCCUUAUCCCUCCUGUCAAGUCACUGGUCAAGGGGGUAUCACCCCACAGCCUCAUUUACCCCAGGAUUAAGUUGUGCAUGUCCAGUCCCUGCCCCUCCCCUCCCCACCCACUGCCGCGGGCCAUAUCUGGGACCUAUUCUUGGAGCUCUCGUUCAGGUGGGUGGGAGCGGGGACACAUGUGUAGCCCCGGUCUCUCCAUCCCCUACCCCGUCAGCCUCCUUCCCCUCCCUUGUUUCUUUGGUGCUGUUUGAGGUGAUCAGCCAGGGACCCUGGGCAGAACAACUUUGAAUUUGCUUAAAAUGUAGUUAAUGUGGGUAGAAUGUAGUUCUCAUCCCAUUGUCAAGAAAUUAUCAUCAGUUAAUAAAGUGGAAAACGUUCCAGAAA